CAAUUAGCCCAUGAAAAAUCAGAAGUGUUCCAACGUGAACAGAAGGUACGUGAACAGGCUUCUUUCCUAUCAGGACAAGAGGCAAAUUGUUUGGAGGCGCAAAACCGAGUCAACGAGGCCGUACGUACAGCGGCCAAUAUUCGUCAGGAUCUGACAGGCCUCAAGCAGCAGACGGCCGAUUUUCAGAGCGAA